CGAUGAAUACAUGACACGGGAAAUAUAACAUAUGUCAUCAUUAUAAAAGAGAGUGUUGUUGAGAUAGUGGACCAAAGUUACCUGGAGUUGUAUACCGUUAUGGGUAUUGUUUUACUAAUAUUCGCCAUUGUUGUUUCCAACAUAGGGACACAUGGAGAGGAGGUACGGACGAGCUACAUUCCAGCAGUAGCCUUUACACAAGGCCAAACAGCCCAUCUUAAUCUUACUCAAGGAGAAAUCCUCAGUUAUAAUAAACUUAUCACAAAUUUCAACUCAGUCAUUGGUGCCAAUGGCGUUUUUACAGCUGAUACCGAGGGUCUGUACGCUUUUCACUUCUACUCUCUAACCAAAGCGAAUACAAAACUAUGGUUGGAGAUUAUGUUAAAUGGGAAUCUGGUUGCAUCUGCUUUCGCUCAUUCCUCUAGUACUAAUGGAUAUGCAGACGCGGGUAAUUCUGUGAUCCUAGAACUAAGCCGAGGCGACACUGUCUACGUUAAGGCCCACGACCAAUACGAGAAUAUCUUGUUCGGAACAAAGGACGAGAUUUACACGACAUUUACAGGCGUUUUGAUCAACUCUGGAUAUUUUGGCUUUCACCAAAUCUCCACAAAGGGAAUGACUGCACAGGCUUCCACAAAAGUCCUCAAAUAG